CUUUUGGCUGGUAUAUUUGUCAUAUAUUUCCUUGACUUUUGCAUCGGAUCUCUUUGGUGGUUAGCGCUCCUCUAUUUGCUGCUCCAGAUAUCGGUUCUCAUCAUAAGGGGCCGACCGGUUGGCACUGAAAAUCUAGUCUCAAUGUUGGCUAAAGACGACAGCACUCGGAGUUGGCUUUUGCCGAUCCUUACGUUCCAGUGGAACCUAAUUAUGCCAAUCGCUACUAUGAUCCUGUCGAUCGCAUUCACGCGUUCCCAUAACGCGGGUGGCCUUACGUGGACACAAGUGGUCACGUUUUACGCCUAUUGGCCCGAAUGGACAAAAUCAAUGUCCACUGUGUUU